UGUUCCCAUACUCAAUUUUUAUUUAAAUUUUCCCAGCGAAUGCUUAAAUUUUCACUUUCAAGAAGAAGAACUCAAAGUUGUAAUAACUAUCGGCUACACACAUGACAAAUGGAUCUCUUUUGGAAUAAAGCGAAAAGAAACAAUAACUCAACAAAGAAACAUGGGAACCAUCGAUAUAUUGCCAUCGUCGAUAUCUUGAUGUAACCUAAAAUUUUCUUUAUUUUAUUGUGAGAAGUCAACGAGUGAACAUAUAAUUUAGGGAACCAAAAAAAAAAAGGAAAUAAGACAAAACCUAUUUUACUGCGUAACGUUGAGCUACCGCCAGACCGCGGCCCAGAAUAUUUUUAUAUUCUUCUUCGAGAUCGAGCUCCAGUUCAGGCCCCAUCCGGGCUUUAGCUCGGUCUCCAGCUCGGGCUCUGAUUCGGACAGAAAUCCAUCUACACGGUCACAUACACCUUUGGAAAUCCCGGAUAAUAGGUCCUUGAUUCGCGUGAAAGACCCUUAACGAUCCGUCUUGGGCUACAUACCAUCAACUUACCCAAGAUGGGUUCAUCUUGGUCGAAGGAGAUACGGAAGCCCGAAUCGUCGAAUCGUGAUCAACGAUCCAGCUUGCGCUAUAGACCAUCAAGACAGUCACAUUCCGAGUCCUCGCCUCGUAUGAGGGGCCGUUAUCGAGUCAGAUUGGGCUACAUAUCAUCACCACAGCCACAGCCACAGUUACAGGCCGAGCCCUUGAAUCCUGGGAAUGGCAGUUAUCGAGUGAGCUGGGGCUACAUAUCAUCACCACAGCCACUGGCACCGCCAUUGGCUCAGCCACAGCUACAGCUACAGACCGAGUCCUCGAUUAAUUUGGGAAACAAUCAACCUUCCACAUCGGGAUACAUAUCAUCACCACAGCCACUGGCACAGCCACAGACCGAGUCCUCGAUUAAUUUGGGAAACAAUCAACCUUCCACAUCGGGCUGCAAACCAUCUCCACAGCCAUUACCUAAUGGCUUUGAUUCAGCCGUAUCGUCUAAGAACAAGUCCUCGAUUCUUGAUCAACAGUCCCCCUUGGGCUCUAUAACAUCAUCCGAGUCAAGUAGGGAUAUUAAUCAUUUGAAGGAUUCACCAGAGAAGGAGUCCUCGAUUCUCGUGAAAGACGAUCAACAGUCCAGCUCAGGCUGCAAACCAUCUCCACAGCCACAGCCUUAUGCCAGUUAUUCAAAGGAAUCACCGGAGACUAAAACCUGGAUCCUCGUGAAAGCCGAUCAACCGUCCACCUUGGGCUACAUACCACCUCCCGAGCCAAGUAUGUAUUUAAAUCUUCCGGAUGAAUCUCUGGAGCCCAAGUCCGCUAUUCGUUUGGGAGGCAAUCAACAGUCCACCUUCUUUCCCCCGGCGGACUUCACCGUGUGCGCCAACUCAACCUUCAUUAUGGGUUCCACACUGAUCGCCCAGCUGCGUAGGGUUUUGGAUUGUCCGGUGGAACCUGCGAAGACCGAGUUCUCGAUUCGUUUGGAGGGUAACCAACAGCCCACAUCGGGUCACAUACCAUCUCCAGUGACAAAGCGUUCGAAGGAAUCUCUGGAGACCGAGUUACCGGUUCGUUUGGGAGACAAUCAACCAUCCACAUCGGGCAACAAACCUUCGAAGUCGCAUAUGCCUUUGAAUAGUUCGAGGGAAUCAUCCGUAACUGAGUCCACGAGUAGUGUGGAAGACGCUCAACAGUCCACCUUGGGCUCCAUCUCACGCUCCAUUUCGAGCUCCAGCUUGGGCUCCCUACAGUCUCCUCAGCAGAGUUUCAGGCAGCCUCGAAAGCGAAGUUCCAUACAGACUCCAGAGCUGAAUGUUGAAUUAGAACGGUCGUUGGCUAGGUCAAGGGCUUUGAAACAAAUUGGGAUGUUAGUGAAUGAAAUCACAUUACAGGCAGAGAAACGGAAAAGGGAGACCGAAGCGGCCACUGCUGCAGACAAUGAGGCAAAUCUCCUCCAGAUGCAGCAGGUGGAACCUCCUCAGCAGCCUGCAAAGAGGAAGCAUUCAAAUACUGAACAGGAUGUGUCUCUGCAGCAGCAACAUCAGCUUCUCCUGCAGCAACAUCGAACUCUGCAGCAGGAACAUCAGCAGCUUCAGGACAUGCACAAGCAACAUCAGCUUCUCCUGCAGCAACAUCGAACUCUGCAGCAGGAAUAUCAGCAGCUUCAGGACCUGCACAAGCAACAUCAGCUUCUCCUGCAGCAACAUCGAUCUCUGCAGCAGGAAUAUCAGCAGCUUCAGGACCUGCACAAGCAACAUCAGCUUCUGCUGCAGCAACAUCAAACAAUGCAGCAGGAAUAUCAGCAGCUUCAGGACCUGCACAAGCAACAUCAGCUUCUGCUGCAGCAACAUCAAACAAUGCAGGAGGAACAUCAAACAAUGCAGGAGGAACAUCUGCUUCUGCAGGAGCAUCAUCAAAUUUUGGAGCAAGAAAAUCACUCGCUUCAACAGCAGCUAAGUUGCAAAGCUGCAAAGAGGAAGCAGAUGGAAGCACCUUCUGAAGAGCCUCCAUCUAAGAAGCAGAAGAAGAAGAAGAAGAAGAAGGAGCUUCAGGUACAGGAGUUACCGGAACAGGAGCUACAGGAACAGAAGAUGCAAGAACAGGAAAUGCAGGAAGAGGAGAUGCAGGAACAGGAAAUGCAGGAACAGGAAAUGCAGGAACAGGAGAUGGAGGAACAGGAGAUGCAGGAAGAGGAGAUGCAGGAACAGGAGAUGCAGGAAGAGGAGCUGCAUGAAGAGGAGCUGCAGGAACAGGAGAUGCAAGAAGAGGAGAUGCAGGAACAGGAGAUGCAGGAAGAGGAGCUGCAGGAACAGGAGAUGCAGGAACAGGAGCUCCAGGAACUGGAGCUACUGGAACAGGUACAGGAGCUCGAGGAACAGAAGAUUCAGGAACAGGAGAUUGAAGAACAGAAGAUUCAGAAACAGGGGAUCAGGAACAGGAGGUUCAGGAACUGGAGACUCAGGGACAGGAGAUUCAAGAACAAGAGUUUCAGAGACAGGAGAUUCAAGAAAAGGAGAUUCAAGAACAGGGGGUUCAGGAACAGGAGAUUGAGAAACAGGAGAUUCAGGAACAGGGGGGUCAGGAACAAGAGGUUCAGGAACUGGAGAUUCAAGAACAGGGGGUUCAGGAACAGGAAGUUCAGGAACAGGAGAUUCAGAAACAGGAGAUUCAGGAACAGGAGCUACAAAAACUGGAGCUCCAGGAACUGAAGCUUCAGGAACAGGAGCUACCGGAACAGGAGCUACCGAAACUAGAGCUUCAGGAACAGGAGCUACCGGAACAGAAGCUUCAGGAACAGGAGCUUCAGGUAGAUGAGCCCCAGGAACAGAAGCUGAAGGUUUCGAUUAAGCAGGAGCAGCCAUCUGAGGAUCUUGAGAAUAUACCUCAGCAGAAUGUGCAGCAAAAUAUUCCGUCUUGGUAUAUACCACUCACUGAACAGCAAACUAAUUCGAUCAAUUUAUUAUUGCAUGGGGACC